UGGGGCUUUGUCAGGCCUGGUUGUAACUGCUCGAGGGAGAACGGAAGGUAGGAAAGCAGCCGGAGAGGGGGAGGGGGAGUAAGAGGUUUUAAACUCUUGCAGCUAAUAUACCGACACGGUUGGUGCCAUCGGAGGAAUAAUCUUGGCAACGUUGACAAAAUUAUUUAGUCAUAUUUUCUCAAGCUUGGACAACUUAUCUACAAUUUUCUGUUGCUACUGAAGGUCCAGCCUUCUUUUAACAGACUUGAUGUAGCCACACUAUCAAAAUGUCAAAGGGCGAGAACAUAAUUGGUGGUUCUAAAAAGGUUCAUUUUCAAGAUGCAAAUGCUGACUCUUCUGCAUCUGACCACUCUCCAAUUCAAUUAGAAUUUGAGAGACUGAGCCACAUUCCAUAUGGUACAAUACAUUUAGGAAGAGAUCAGAAAACUGAGCGAGACGCGGAAUCUCGAUGUCAAACUUCAGGUGAUGCAUCUUCUCACAAAAUUAACACUGCUAAAAGCAAUUUGCCUUUCUUUGGGCCUCUACGGCAAAACCAACUGUUGUCACGUGUUAAGAAACCAGUUAGUUCACAGAAAACCAACAUUUUGGCUGCAUUUGGCCUUUCAUCUAAGGACCUGGAUGAAGUAAAAAGCUAUCCUAAAGACAAACUUACACUUGACUCCUUGCCAAAGAUUCUUAAGCAGAUUAAAAAGAAAAGAGCACCUUUGAAACACAACAAAGGUGACAGUUCUCCACAGCAAAACCAAUCCACCAGGAGUUCUCGUGAUGAUGGGAUUGAAGAAAAACCAAUGAAAAAAAGGAGUUCUCAAAAUCAAGGCACUGUGCUCAAACCUUUAGUCAACUAUGGCUAUGAUCCUUCCUCUGGAGAGUCCAGUCCUGGAUCUGAACAAGAAGGAAAAAGUGGUGAUAGUUUCCGUAAAAAAGAGAGGCAUUUCACUGAGUCACCAAAUUAUCGAAGUAAAUUUGAUUCUGAUUCCGAAACUGAAUCAGAUUACGAAGUAGUUGAACUUCCCUUUCCGUGUGAAGAAGAAUCCCUCCUUGAGACCAAAAGGAAAACUCCUAUUCUACAAAAUAUAAAGGAUUUUCUUGGUUACUUGCCUGUAGUGCUUCCACACUGUUGCUCUUUGUGUGACAAAAUAAUUGAUACUCUGCAGGAUUGGAAUGACCAUAUGAAUGAUCCAUUACACAAGCUACGUUGCCUGCUACUUCAGAGAGUCUACCCUGAUUGGAACCCCGGAGAACUGCCUGUUGCAAAGAAAAAUCCGGUCGAGAAGCCCAAAGCUCCAGUUGUUGUACUCAAAAAAAAGGUGAAGAUCAAAAGAAGUCCAGAUAUUCCUGAACAGAGCAAACGAGAAAACCUGAAAGAACCCCAGAGCAGGGUUGUGGUCCUCAGCAAUCUGCCUUCAUCUGGUUUUUCGGAUUUUGAUACUGUGAGGCUUGGUUCUGCUUUUGGGAAGGUACUCAAGUACUUAAAAGUGGGGGAAAAGGCUUUCCUGAAAAUGGAUUCUAAGAUUGCGACCAAUAACUUAAUUGAACACUUCAAGAGGAAACCUUUGUUUUAUGGGAGAUUACUGACUGUAAGUCUGUCCUCUGCUCAAAUACAGCCAUUGCUAAAGAAACCAUCUGCAAAGAUUGAAGAAAUGUUGAAGAAAGUAAAUCAAGCAGAUAUCAGCACAAGAGAAUGUUUUCUGGGUCCUAUCAUGAAGCAUAAACCUGGUGAUUUGAAAAAGUCCUCAACAUCUGAAAGAGAGAGAAAAAGCUCAGAAAGUAGUGAAAGAGCAGAGUCAAAGAGCUCUGAUGAAAGUGGUGAAACAGCAGAAUGGAGAGGUUUUGGAAGAAUACGGCGCAGAAACCGUGAAAGAAUGCAGCGCAGAAGCCGAGAAAGAAUAGAACGAAGGAUACGGUGGCGAAGCCGCGAAAGAAGAGCACGGAGGGCAGGUCGAGGGAGAGGAAUGCAAAAGGGUGGCCGUGAAAGAGGAGGACGAUGGGGCAGCCGUGAGAGAGGAGGGCGCAGGGCCAGACGUGAGAGAGAAGAGCGCAGAGCUAGCCGUGAGAGAGGAGAGCGCAGGGGCAGUCACGAGAGGGCUGAACGCAGGGGCAGCCGUGAAAGAGGUGUGCGGAGAGGCAGCAGGGAAAGGGGAGAGCAGGGAGCCAAUAAUGAGAGAAGGGAAAGGGAUGGCAGCAGCCAGAGAGCAGAGCGGAGAGUUAGCAGUGACCGGGGAAGCAGCAGUGACCGGGGAAGCAGUAGCGAGCGGGGAGGCAGCAGCGAGAGGGGAGAGCGGGAAGGCAGCAGUGAGCGGGGAGAGCGGGGAGGCAGCAGUGAGAGAUUCGACUGGGGAGACAGCAGUGAGAGGGUGGAGUGGGGAGACAGCAGUGAAAGGGUGGAGUGGGGAGACAGCAGCGAGAGGAUGGAGUGGGGAGACAGCAGCGAGAGGAUAGUAUGGGGAGACAGCAGUGAGAGGAUAGAGUGGGGAGACAGCAACGAGAGGUUCGACUGGGGAGACAGCACUGAGAAGGUGGAGUGGGGAGACAGCGAGAAGGUGGAAUGGGGAGACAGCAGCGAGAGGGUGGAAUGGGGAGACAGCAACGAGAGAUUCGAUUGGGGAGACAGCAACGAGAGGGCGGAGUGGGGAGACAGCAGCGAGAGGGCGGAGUGGGGGGACAGCAGCGAGAGGGCGGAGUGGGGGGACAGCAGCAAGAGGGCGGAGUGGGGGGACAGCAGCAAGAGGGCGGAGUGGGGAGACAGCAGCAAGAGGGUUGAGUGGGGCGACAGCAGCGAGAGGGUAGAGUGGGGCGACAGCAGCGAGAGGGUAGAAUGGGGAGACAGCAGCAAGAGAGUCGAGUGGGGAGACAGCAGCGAGAGAGUAGAUUGGAGAGACAGCAGCGAGAGGGUAGAUUGGAGAGACAGCAGCGACAGGGUGCAGCGGGGAAGGACUGAGAGCAAAGAGAGAUAUCGGGAAAACUAUGCGAACACAGAGAGUGUCGUCGGGUGGGAAAAUUAUGACCGCUAUAUUUCAGAGGAUCGGCUGGAGCCUGAAGUAAAUAAUGAUGUAGAAAUGAAAUCAGAGGAACUUAUAGAGGAGACUGCUAUUCCAUUUCUGGGAAGUGAUUCAGAACUUGAAACUUUGAUGGGAAAGUCUGAUUCAGAUGAUGAUGCCAUUCUAGAGCAUCCACAGAAUGAAUCCAAGGAUGAAAUGAAAGAAACUGAUACUCGAGCUGACAUAAAAAUGCAUCGACAAGAGUCAGUGCCAGUGAAGAAACAGAAAGAGACUUGCCCAGAGAACCAGACGGUGUUACAUGAGAGUCUGCCUCCCACUGGUUAUCCAAAUGUUGCUAUUGGAAAACUUGGUGCUAAAUUUGGAAAAGUCCAGAAUUAUGCAGCAAUGAGGCCUGUGAGCCAGAAUACGAAGGAAGAGCCUGGACAAGUAGUUUAUAUUGCUGACCUGGUACCGGGCAAAUGCACGAAAAAUGAUUUAAUCCACCUUGCUGAGCUCUUUGGGAAGAUUAAUAACACCUUUCUGAUCAAAGCAAAGGGUGAGGGAUAUGUGGAGAUGUCCAAAAGUGCAGAAGCUCAAGCCAUGGUGAAGUUUUACCAAACAAAACCACCUGUUAUUCAAGGCAAUAUCAUCAGAGUGGAGAUGUGCCAGAAAUAUAAGAAGCUGAACGUGAAGUUUCCUGACUGGGAUCCAACUGCUGGUGGUAUGCCUCCUUUUGCAGCAUCUCUGUACAGACAAUUUGGUGUUCAGCAAAAUACCUCUGCACCCGAAGAAGACAUAUUUGCACCAACGUGUACCCCAAAUUUAGCUGAACUCAGGGCUAAAUAUUCACCACAGCUGCUGAGGUGGACCAAAGUGCCACUGGAGGGCAAGGCACCAUUUAAAAAUAAAUUGUGGGUUCCUCAAACCUAUGAGGGGAAAGAACUUGAGUGCUUCAGAUUGUUACCAUAUGCUUUCAAAGUUCCAAUGCUAGAAACUCAUGAACGGUAUUUACAAAGUAUUACUGGAACUCCUGACAUGUAUGAGUUAGAUACACCAAAGAUAGAUGAUGCAUUUAUUCAACUGCUGAUUGGUAAGAAAGUUAUACGUUCACGUGAGGAUCUAGAUAAAAAGUUAGGUGAACCAGAGAAGGUGUUAUGUAAGGCACAGUCAAAAGUAGCAGAAGUUGUUGGUCCACUUAUAGUUGCCAUACAGAAGUAUGAAUUGGAUGAGUUGUCUGGAGAACUAGAUUCCCUUACUACAGAGCAACUGAAAGAGAGGCUGCAGUCUACUGUAAUUUCAUGCCAUCAAUCGAUUGUGUGCGCUGGACAGACUCAUCGCUGGUUGACCAGUCUUCGCGCUGACAAUUUGUUGCAGUUAUUCAAAUUCAAAACGCCUGUAAAACCACAAGAACAUCCAAAUAUGACAUCAUCUGACCUACUCGGUGCAGAAGUUGUAGAAGAGGUAAAAAAGAAGGGUGAAGUUUUGAAGCGUGUGACCCCUGUACCAGCAAUGAAGAAAAAGUUAAUUGCCAACGCUAACAAGAAAAAAAAAGCUUUCCAAAGACAGCAGAGGAAGCAGCAACCAUAUUACCGCAACCCAAAUCCAUCCAGAGGCCGUGGAAGAUCAUAUAGAGGACAUCCUAGAGGGCACCCUAUCUUUAAGAACAUCUUCAUUCCUUGAAACCAGUAAAAAACACGAUGAUGUCCAUGGAUUGAAGCAGAAGGAAUCCCUCCCGUUUUGUGAAUCUCAAUAUUUUAGAACAGUUUUGUUAGUUGAAUAUCAAGUUUAAGUCAGAUUUUUUAAAAAAAACACAAUUACAACAGGCAAAAGUCAUUUUUUUCUUGCAUUUAUUGUUGUAUGAGUAGGAAUUUAAAACUUAUGACCUUCCCAUGCUACACACUUCUCUAGUCAAAAUGGUGAGCUAAUGAUUUGUUUUGAACAUGUACCAUUUUGUUACAGGCAGCAUCUGCCAAUGUUCUCAAGCUGGAACACAACCAGAAUUUUUUAGGGCAGCUCAAUCUAAUUUUUGCACCCUUCCUGUCCUCUUGGCAACUCCUUCCAAUGCAAGGUUGAGAUUGGUUAGCGUGCUUUGUGGGUUUAUGUUUCUAUCCUUGUAUUAUACCCCAAGUCAAUGAUGUUUAAGCUAAUAGAAUUCUGUUAACAUUGUAAAGUGAUGUGAUUAAAUAAAUGUUGAGUGUAACAAACUUGUGAUAAUAUGUCGUUAAUAAAUCUGUGAAAAUUGUAAUAUA